GGGAGCUGUUUCAAGACUCGUUAACGAGUUUUGACUGAGCAUCAAUAAGACAAAAUCUCAGGUAGCCAAGAAGUGUUACAUUGCCAGGACAUAAAGUUGGAAAAUGUGACAUAAAACCACUACCUGGGAAAAUUCUGGUGGUCAAAACUAUUCCAGUACUGGAUUCAGAGAGGAAACUGCAAAAGUUCUUGGGUAAAAUAGAGCCGCAUUCUACAAUCGGUUGCUCAAAAAUUUCAAUGAGAUAACACCUUUAUGUAGUCUACUUGGUAACCCCAAAUUUACGUGGACAGAGGGGGCACAGAAAGUGUUUGAUCAUAUCAAGGGACUCCUAAAUAAUCAGGAGGUGGGUUUUAAACCACCAAUACCCUGGAGGCCAUUCAUCGUGUCCACCGAUGCGAGUAAUUAUGGAAUAGGCCCAGUUCUGAGACAAUAAAGGAGCAGUGGAGUAUGCCAGUCGUGUCCUGACACCUGCAGAACAAAAAUAUUUCACGGUUGAAAAAGAAUGUCUGGCGAUAGUUCAGGCGCUUGAGAAAUGGAGAUCAUACCUCCUCGGUCAGCGAUUCUACAUUGAAACUGAUCGUAAACCUCUCCAGUGGCUAGAGAUAGUGAGGGGUCCUAGAGGAAAAUUAUCACGUUGAAUGUUACGACUGCAAGAGUACUAUUUCACAAUCGGUCACGUUGCAGGGAAAGAAAACUGGUUGGCAGACUUCUUAUCAAGAUUAGACGAAGAAAAUAAACUGUGUGAGAUCGUAUACGGUGUUCAUGCAAUGGGACGGGACCCAUUAGGACUUAUUCACCUUCAGAAGUGGGACCCUACACUCAAGGCAGUGAAAAUAGCCAUAACAGAAGGAACAGAAACAAACAAUUCUGUGGGAAAUAAAGAGUUGAAAAUGUUGUUGACGCAGAAAGAACACCUACGGGUGAAUACUUAUAGAAUGCUGACUUGGUUAGAAAACGACGGGAGCUGGUUGGCAGUGAUUCCGAAAUGUCUAGGCGAUAAAAUGAUGCAGGAAUGCCACCAGUUAUCUCAUACAGGUGUUUCACGGACAGCCGACCUCAGACAAAGUGCAUACUGGCCAGGUAUAAGAGAUGUUGCCAAACAUGUUCUGGGUUGUCCACAUUGUCAGUUGAUGGAAAGUGAUCGGUACAUACGACUGCCGUUUCAGUCGGUUCCAGUAGCAGCAGUGGGUGGGUAACAUGUGAUCUGUGGACGUAAUGCAACCAUUUCCUCAGACAUCUAUUUGGAACCAAUACCUGUUGGUGAUGACGAAGCAUGCUACGCGAUGGGUGGACGCUGUCGCGACUCCUGAUCAAUGCUCGAAGACAGUGACCGUGGUGGUGAUGCGGCAUAUUGUCGCGGA